GGAGGCUCUGGGUGCCCAUGUAGGGGACUAACAGAAGCAGUGCAGACCUUUCUAGAGAGACGAGUGAUAAGAGUCCUCAUACAUAAAGACUCUAUGAGCAACACCCCUGGCCCAGGAGCACAUACACAGAGCAAAGCAUCCAGUGAACAUGGCUAGUAAGAAAGCUGCAUCUAAGAGGGGGAAAAUUGCUCAAAGGGGCUCUUCUAAUGUCUUCUCCAUGUUUGAGCAAUCACAAAUACAGGAGUUUAAAGAGGCAUUUGGCUGCAUAGAUCAGAACCGGGAUGGAGUUAUUAACAAAUCUGACUUGAAGGAAACUUAUGGACAACUGGGGAAGCUGAAUGUGAGUGACGAAGAGCUGGAGUCAAUGUUAGCAGAGGGAAAAGGGCCCAUCAACUUCACUGUCUUUCUCACUCUCUUCGGAGAAAAGCUCAAUGGCACAGACCCAGAAGAAACCAUCCUUGCUGCUUUUAAACUCUUCGACCCAAAUGCUACAGGAGUUGUCAAUAAGGAUGAGUUUAAGAGGCUGCUAAUGAACCAAGCUGAUAAAUUCACAGCAGAAGAGGUUGACCAGGCUUUUGCAGUCGCUCCAAUUGACGUGGCUGGGAAUAUUGACUAUAAAUCACUUUGUUACAUUAUCACGCAUGGGGAUGAGAAAGAGGAGUCUUGAAUAAAGAAUUGUGUUCAUGUCAACCCUCUUGUAUAUCAGCUUUCAUUAUAUUUAAACCUUUGUUUUGAAUUUUAAAACGAUAUUUA